GUAGUUUGAGUCUUUACUGUUUACUGAGCAUGCUCAGUUCCACCCAAACUGUGACGCUCUUGCAUGCGAUUGCCUGUAAAUGUUUAACUGAAGUGUUUGUGGUCAGAGUUUAGUCCUUCAGGAGCCUCAGACUCGUGCAGAAUGAGUUCAGCCGGAGGAGGAUCGUCCCUGCAGGUCCAUGCGGUCCGGUUCGGUCCGGGUCAGGAGCUGUUGGGAUCUCUGCAGACGUUUGUGGAGGAGAGGCGACUCAGAGCGCCGUUCAUCAUCACCUGCGUGGGCAGCGUCACCAAGGCAACGCUCCGGCUGGCCAACGCCACAGCAACAAAUACAAACGAGGUGAUCCACCUCAGCGGGCGGUUCGAGAUCGUCUCCCUGGUGGGCACGCUGAACCGGGACGCCCACCUCCACAUCUGCCUGUCGGACAUAGAGGGCAGGACGGUCGGUGGUCACGCGCUGGGAGAUCUGGAGGUGUUCACCACAGCCGAGGUGGUCGUCGGCGAGGCGGUCGACCUGCAGUUCACCAGAGAGAUGGACUUGCAUACGGGCUUCCCCGAGCUUGUGGUUCAACCGCGUUCACAGACGGACGAAUCGGCCCGAUCGGACUGACUGUUACUGCCUCAUGGUGCUUUGUUAAUGUACUGAUCGCUGUAGGUGUUUGAGCUGAAGCUCAAAGACCGAUUUAUAACUGAAGAAGCUGAAGUAAAAUAGGUUUACCAGAUACAGCUGCCGUCGAUGCCAUGUUUUAUUAUGAAAAGGGUAAAAUCUUAAUCAUCUUGUAAAGUGUAUCCACUGUAAUUUCAUGAUACCUGUAUUAUAAACUUAUAUUCAAACAAAUAAAAGAACAGACCGACUGGCUGACCAACGCUGGCAGCUGAUGACACAGGCUACUUUUCUGUAGCCUUGUUAGCUUAGCUAUUGGUACUGUAAGGUUUGUACAGUGAGAAUCAUUUUAACGUGUUUAAUUAACUCAUGCAGCAACACUGAGCCCAACUCAAAGCAUCAAACUGCCAAUGGACUAAAUAAAUGGAUGUAGCUGUU